GUGGUUUUUUAUGGCCAGAAUUAGAUAGUUUCCCGUGUAAAAAGAAUUUAUAUCACCGAAAGGAUUCAAAGCUGGACGAAAUGCAUAGUAUGAAGAAAGAUUCUUCGUUUUUUAUCCGAUGUAAUUGUUUGUACGGAAUUGAUUUUUGAUGGACUGCAUCUCAAGAAUUGAGGUCGAUGCGUAGCUUGAUGCGACGUUUCGUUGCGCAGCAAGCAACAGUGACCAACACCAACAGUGACCAGUGCCAGUGACAGCUGACUAAUGUAAUGCAUAACGCGACGCCUGUCCUCGCGUUCCGUACACUUGUACUCAUUUUGUACCCACGGCAAGACCUGUGCACAACAUUACGCACACAAUAUUGAUUAAUAUUAAUGGGGAAGAAUCAUCAUUUUCCCAAUAGGAAGAACUAAUUUCUGCUCUUAAAGUUUUUCAGAAUUUGUAUCAGAGCUGUUGCUCUGUAUCAAGCGAUCAUGGAACAAAUGAUUGCAUUAAGUACACAAAAUCCAUUGUCUAUAUUAGUUAAAUUUGGUAUGAUGGCUUGGAACAAUAGUUGUGGAAUUGAGAAUUGCUCUGGUCAUGGAGAAUGUCACAAUGGGACUUGCUUAUGCGAGAUUCAAUUUGAUGGACCAGAAUGUCAUAUUCCAAAUCUAAGUUAUUACAUUGCUUUUGCUACAAUCUUUUUUUUAUUAGCUUUUGUUUGCUUGAUACAACUUGUUAUGUGUAUUGUUGCUGAAUGGCAAAGAAUGAAGGCACCGUCAUUUUUGAGAGCAUGCAGGGUUACUACUCAGAAAGUGUUAUACUUUGUAGUUUUUCUUGCAUCAGUUAUACGAGGUGCAUAUUUUACAUCACCGACUUCUUUCAAAGAGGGAUGGUCCAGAAGUUUGCUGUCAGCGUAUUAUCCACUGCUUUUGAGUGGAUCAUCAUUGAUUGUUUGUUUUUGGGCCGAAGUAUUUCAUCUUAGAGAUAUACGAUGGGACAAACCUCAGUUUUUAUCAAAAUCUUUUCUGGCUUUUGUUGUCUUCAACAUAAUAACAUAUUCUCUUCUAUUAGCGGAGUUUAUCACAGCUCAAAAAUAUUCACAAGAAGAUCAAAGUUUCUAUACACAUGUAUUCAAUGGCUGUUAUGCAGUGCUCCUGUUCAUUGUAGUGGUUUUAUUUUUGAUAUAUGGAGUGGAAGUCUUUUUCAAGGUUCGUGGUGGAUUCUUAAAUGAAUAUCGAGUCGCUUCCAUUGCAACAAAUAAACGUAUAGCUGAUGAAAUAAAGAUCCAUGCAGAGGAUCAAGUAACAGCAAAGUUGUUUGAUCCAGUUCCAUCUACAUCUACAGCAGAGCCUUUACAUAUGCAACAAGUGAAUACAUCUCAAUUACAUCAAUCAAGAUUUGGAUUACUCUCUCAAGCGUUUAUGCUGUUCAUAAUCGUCGGUUUUCUAUUCAGCGAAACUCUCAGUGAAUUUUGGAAAACAAAAGUUCCAUUAUACAGCAGGAAUUGGCAUGAUGUUGUAUUUCGCGUUAUUGAAGUUGGUGUAGCACUGUGGUUUCCCUGUGUUUUAUGGAACUGCAUGAGUCCGGAACAAUUGUGGAUUCUAAAUCCGAAGCGUAUAUUGAAAAGAUUAGAUUUGGAUCAGGGGAAACAUAUAAAAGAAAUUGAACUGCAAGAAAAGAGUGCAUCUCAAGAUACCGCGUUUCUUUCUGCAGACAUAGCAUCAAUCAAUAACAAAGAUUGUUGGAUUUGUUACGAUAGUGAUAGACAAGAUGCUGGUCCAUUAAUACAACCAUGCCAUUGUAGGGGUGAUGUAAGUGCUGUACAUCAUGAUUGUUUGCGUCGUUGGCUUGUUGAGAGUUCUAUCAAUGCUGACAGCCUCAUUUGUAAAGUUUGCAAUGCAAAGUAUAAUGUUGAACAUGCCAGUCGAUUAGAUUGGCAAAAUAGUUUAACUCCACGCCAUUGUCUACAAACUAUUGCUAUUGUUACCAUGAUGUGUGCAUCUUCUGCUGUCUUAUGGGUAGUUAUUCAACUUGUAGAAGGACCCAUCAUCAGAAUGCUCGCAGCCGGAACUGCAUUAUUGAUUAUGUAUGUCUGCAUAAGAUUCUUGAGUUUGAACACUGUUAUAGCAUAUCAACGGGCCAAAAUCUCGUCGUUAAACAUCGUUAACAGUGAUAGUGAGAGUAGUGGGAGUGCACAUGUUACAACAAUUAGUCACACAAUUUCUGUGGAUGUGACAAAAUCGGAUGUGGCUACAAUAUAAUCUACACUUGCCAUUGCAUUAUAAAAUAUAGGUAUGCUUCCUGCUUGAAAUAAAUUCAAGAUAGGAAAACUAAAUAAUAAUGUAGAUGUGUAUAUUUGUUUUUAUAAACAUAUACAGUGGGUCCAAACUUUCGAGCCGAAUUUUGAGAUUUUAUAGGAAAUUUAAUUCUGAACAAAAAGUUUCCUAUAAAUAUGGAUUGAAAAAUGUUUUCUUAAAAAGUUAGCAUCCAAAAACCUCUGAAAUCAUUUAUUAUAUAUAAUAAUAUUAUAAUAAUCGUGAUUUCAGGAUACAUUUUUACAAAUAUAAGGGAAAAUAAUGUUAUUUAACAAGAAGUGUAAACAAAAGUUGUAGAGAAUUAAAUUAAUUAUCUUUCAAAUGAGAUCAAAAUGAUUGUAGUAAUUUCCAUUAGAUUUUGAGAUAAUCAAUUUUUUUUAUACAAAAAAGUGUUUUUUUGGCUAUCAGCGAUAAGGCUUUUUAAAAAGGUUAGUUAUCUCAAAAUCUACUACAAUAUACUACAAUCAUUUUGAUUUCAUUUAAUUAAAUUUUUUACAACUUUUGUUUCAAUACUUUUUGUUAAAAAACGCAUACUUGAUAUUUGUAAAAAUGUAUAAAAUAACCGUAAUUUUAGAGAUUUGGGCGCUAACUUUUUAAAAAAGCAUUUUUGGACUCAUGUUUAUAGGAAACUUUUUGUUCAGAAUUAAAUUUCCUAUAAUCUCAAAAUCUAACCGGAAUUAGGCCCAUUCUGUAUACAUAUAGUGACAAUGAUGACGCAGUACAUUUUCUCAAUCAGAAUUUUUAUAUAUUUUUUGUAAAAUAACAAAGUUAUUUUAUGAAAUAUACAUAAAAUACUAAGAAAAAAUGUACUAUGCCUACAAUUUCAGAAGGAUAAAACAGUUGCCAAACUUUCAUAUUUUGUCUCCUGAUAAUUUGAUUAUACAUUUCUAAAUGAAUAAAAAGCAAACUAAUUUUGGGUAGAAAGAGAUCCCAUAUUUUACAUUAUAUAAUGUAUAUAAUUCAUUGCAUUACAUAAUAUUUGCAAGAUUUCAUAAGAUAAAGAUAAAGAUAUGUUGUAUAACUUUAGUUUAAUUAUUUCGUUAGUGUAUUUUUUCUAUAUAUUUUCUAUAUUUCAUAUUCGUAAAGUAUUAUUAGAAUUUGUAUGGUAUGUCAAUUGUUUCAAAAAAUUGCUUUGAGAAAACUUAGCACAUAUACAUAUUACAAUUAGCAUAUUAUAUAUGCAUAAAUAUAUAUAUAUAUAUAUAUAUAUAUAUAUAUAUAUAUAUAUAUAUAUAAAAUACAUACAGUAAUAAUAUUCAUCAUAAGCAAUUAUAAUGUUUAAAGAGACAAUGGUUUUUGAACUGUUUAGAUAUCAAUAAGAUAUUAUAUCAUUGAUGCAAUUUAUACCUAAGUAUUUAUAAUUAAGUGAAUUGGGUAAUUUAUGUUAAUUGAGUAAUUUACUAAUUGUUAAUACUGAUUUAAUAAUUUACUAAUAAGUAUUCGCGCGGAAACUACGAAUGUUAUAUAUUAAUAGAGUGUCAUAUAUAGUAUACAUAUAUAAGUUCACACACACACACACACACACACACACACACACACACACACACACAUAUAUAUAUAUAUAGACACACAUAAAACUUAACAAAUAGGUGUUUAAAAAAUAUUGAUGAAAAAAAUAUUAGGCAAAGUUGCAGUGUCUUAGAGUAUAUACACUGUUCAGAUAUAUUAUUCUUUUCUAUGCAAUGGCCCAGGAAAUUAAAGGAUUGUUUUUUUUUUUUAAACAAAAUUGUAUAUAUUUUUGAAAUGCCUAAUUACAAUUUAUAUUAAAAAGAAUAAUGAUUAUAAUCAUUCAGUGCUAAUCAAAGACAUAAAUACUGAAAAAGCUGAAAUUGUAUUAAUAUUGUCUAAUAUAAUAUGUUUUUAAAUCAUCAUUUUUGAAAAUAUUUACUUGUUUCAUUUUACGCGCUUCACUAUGUAGAUUUAUGACAUACAUGCAUAAUAGUUCUAUCUUUCUCUUAUAUGUAUAUAAAUAAUUACAUACCUCCUUUCUUCUCUCCUUCGAUAGAAAAAAAAAUCGGCAAAUUUAAUUUUACAAUUUUUUUUUUAUUUUCGAUUAUUUUAUCUUUUUUUUUAUUAAAAGAUGUAUUAUCAGAUUAAAUAACAAUCUAUAUAAGUACAUAAUAAAAACAAAGCUGCUAUAUUAUAGAUUGUAUUAAAAAAAAUGUAAUAGAAUAAUAUUGAAAUGUCCCAGUUGUAUAACAAUGACGAAGAACUAUGACUAGAUUAUAUAUCUUAAACAAUUAGAUUAAUAAUUUAGUUACAUUAAAAUUUACAAAUUAUUUUAUAGAGAGUUUAAAUUAAUAUUGUUUUCAUAUUAAAGACUCUUUCUCAUACAUAAAAUAAUUGUAGAUAAUAUAAUUUGAGUGUGUAAUUUAUAUAGUUAUAUAUGAGCUAUAUACUAUACUAUACAUAUAAAUUGAUAAAAAAUUUUAAACAUC